AGGAAUAUGCCUCUUGCAAAAGAUUUCCUUCAUAUCUCUCCAGAAGAGGAGAAGAGGAAACACAAGAAGAAGUACCUGGUGCAGAGCCCCAAGUCCUACUUCAUGGACAUGAAAUGUCCAGGAUGCUAUAAAAUCACCACGGUCUUCAGCCAUGCACAAAUAGUAGUUUUGUGUGUUUGUUGUUCCACUGUCCUCUGUCAGCCUACAGGAGGAAAAGCAAGGCUUACAGAAGGCUGUUCCUUUAGGAAGAACUAG